UCGCCGCCGCCCGUCGCCUCGUCAGCAUUUGGUGGACGUCUCUCGGUCGUCGCCAAAAACAAGAAUAACACAAAAAAAAAAAACAACCGGCAAUCGCAUACAAAAAUACGAACCAUAACAAUAAUACUAAUAAUAAUAAUCAUAUUAUCAAAUUAACAGUGAGGCACAAACGUGCGUUGUUAUUGGCGGUGUUCUAAGUGAACGCGGAAUUAUUAUAAUAUUUAAAUUUCAACCUAUGUUAAGUAUGUGUUUAACGCGGUAGUCGCCCGCUCGUCGGUUGUUAAUAAUUAUUGUUUGUUAGUGUUUUUAUUUCAACGGUAUUUUAUUCGUUUACACGUUCGCAGACAUGGCCACCAGAGAAGAACCGGGAAUAGGAGAUUUCGUCCUGUUGGACGAGAUCACCGUAGACAAAUUUAUGGACAACUUGACCGAAAGAUUUAACAAAGGAUUUAUUUACACAUACAUUGGAGAAGUCUGCGUUUCUGUUAAUCCGUACCGAAAUUUGAACAUUUAUGGCCAAGACUACGUAAACCAAUACAAAGGACGUGAAAUUUUUGAAAACCCUGCUCACAUAUAUGCAAUUGCCGACUGUGCACACCGCAGCAUGAAAUUGCAUGGACAAGAUUCUUGUAUUGUCAUUAGUGGAGAGUCUGGUAGUGGUAAGACUGAAGCUUCUAAGAUAAUCAUGAAGUAUAUUGCCGCCAUCACUAAUGCCACGGGCCAACACGAAGUAGAACGGGUAAAAAAUAUCUUGAUUCAAUCGAAUACCAUUUUGGAAACAUUUGGAAAUGCCAAAACUAAUAGAAAUGACAACUCGUCGAGAUUUGGAAAAUAUAUGGACAUCAAUUUUAACUUCAAAGGAGAUCCAAUUGGAGGUCACGUAAAUAACUAUUUACUCGAAAAAUCUCGUGUCAUACAACAACAACUCGGAGAAAGAAAUUUUCAUAGUUUCUAUCAAGCUUUAGCAAAUACAACUCACAAAGAAACGAGUAGUUUAGGAUUAAAUCCUGACCCUCAGCACUAUUUUUACACUAGACAAGGGAAAUCGGCUGUGACACCGGCAGACAAAUCUGAUUUUCAAGCAACCAUUAAUGCAUGUAAAACGCUGCGAUUUUCAUCAGCUGAUAUCAAAACAAUUUGGAAUAUUGUUGCAGCCAUUUUGCAACUCGGGAAUAUAAGUUUUUUUUCUGAGAAUGACGAAACAAUUUCAGUGACUAACAGUCACAACAAUCCGGUUCAACAAGUGUCUAGGUUAUUGGAAGUCAACGUCGACGAUCUAGUUAUGGCGCUUAGUACGCGAGUCAUUGCUGCCAACGGAGAAGUGCUUCAAAAAGAUCACACUUUGUCACAAGCCGAAGUUGGAAGGGACGCGUUGGCUAAAGCGAUUUAUGAUCGAUUAUUCACUUGGAUCGUUAGCAAAGUCAAUGAAGCGUUAGUCCCGUACAUUGAAAAUGACAAGUAUAAAGGAGGCACCGUUAUUGGAGUUUUAGAUAUUUACGGGUUUGAAGUGUUUGAGCAUAACAGCUUUGAACAGUUUUGCAUUAAUUAUUGUAAUGAAAAACUUCAGCAAGUAUUUAUUGAUUUGGUGUUACGACAAGAACAGGAAGAAUACCAAAAAGAAGGUAUUACUUGGCAAGAAGUAAAAUAUUUCAAUAACCAAAUCAUUUGUGAUCUCGUUGAGAAAUCACAUCAAGGAAUUAUUGCUAUUAUGGACGAAGCAUGUUUGAAUGUUGGCAAAGUCAAUGAUGAAAUGUUAUUGGAAGCUAUGGACACAAAACUUUCACACCAUAAACAUUAUUCCAGCAGACAAGUGAACACGUUGGACAAAGAUAUAAAACAUAAAAUACAAUUUAAAAUACGGCAUUACGCUGGAGAUGUAGUUUAUAAUAUAUACGGGUUUUUGGAAAAAAACAAAGAUACAUUGUUCCAAGAUUUUAAACGGCUUCUAUAUUCGUCAAAGAAUACAAUUAUCAGAGAUAUGUGGCCUGAAGGAGCGCUCGACAUUAAAUCGACAACAAAGCGGCCAGUAACUGCCGGAAGUUCAUUUAAGAACUCAAUGAUUGCAUUGGUCAAAACACUAAACAGCAAAUCGCCGUACUACGUUAGAUGUAUUAAACCAAAUGAAAAUAAAUCUCCUGUUGGUAUCGAUUAUAAAAGAGUCAUUCAUCAAGUGUCGUACUUGGGUUUGUUAGAAAAUGUCAGAGUGAGACGGGCUGGAUUCGCUCAUCGGCAACCAUAUAGCAGAUUUUUAAAGAGGUAUAAAAUGAUAAGUGGUUUUACUUGGCCAAACUAUAGAUGUAGCGAUAAAGAGGCCACUAGAGCUUUGAUUGAUGAAAACAAUUUUUCAAACGACGUAAAGUAUGGUAAAACAAAAAUAUUCAUCAGAUCGCCUCAAACUUUAUUUACGCUGGAAAAGAUGAGAGCAGAUUUGAUACCUGCAAUAGUUGUUUUAUUGCAAAAACAAUGGCGUGGUGCUAUUUGUCGAGCUAAAUUCAGAAAAAUGAAAGCUGCGUAUUUCAUUAUACAAUAUUAUCGGCGAUACAAAAUCCAAAAUUACAUAAAAACCGUUCUUCAAUCAUACAGAACUUGUGAAAGGAUGAACAACUCAAAGAUUCCAAUGGUCUGGCCUCAGCCAAAUUUCGCUGUGCGCCAAUUGGAAGCUCCGCUAAAAGGUAUAUACAAACGUUGGAAGGCGUACAAGCUGUUAAGUCCGCAUCCGAGGAGUCAAUGGCCACAAAUCAGAUGUAAGGUGCACGCUGCAAGCCUUUUGAGGGGAAAACGUAGCAGCUGGGGCGCCGAGCGAUUGUGGCGAGGCAAUUAUCUGUCUUCGCCAACUGAAAAUCCGGAAAAUGCCAAUUAUACUGUGGCGUUAAACAAUUUGAGAAAUUCUGACAAAUUCGAUCAAGUUUUAUUUUCAAGCUUCAUACACAAGACCAACAGAUUUAAUAAAUGUGCAGACCGAGCUAUACUAAUAACUGACUGGGCUAUUUAUAAGUUGGAUGUGGCUAAGUUUAAAUCUAUGAAAAAAGGGAUGCCCAUACAAGAAGUAACAGGUCUGAGCGUAAGUCCAGGGCAAGACCAGUUGGUUGUGAUUCAUUCGAACCGCGGCAACGACCUCGUCGUCACUCUGAAACCGACUGCGGACGCCGCAGAAGAUAGAGUGGGCGAGCUAAUCGGCGUGGUCAGCACCCGAUUUUACCAAUUACGAAACACCGAGCUACCAGUGAACGUGUCAAAUAAAUUUAAUUGCAUGUUGGGCCAAAAAACUCGUUUGCUACGAGUAGAAGUCAACCCACAGACGUCUAGUGCGAGCUUCCGCAAGGAUGCUAAUGACGGCAUCGUGUACAUCAUACCACCAAAUGUUGCAAUACAUCCUUGUAUCAAAGCUUAACUCCAAGAACAAUUUUACUAACCUUUCUGUGAACUCACUUGAUCAUUGUUGCUAAAAUUUCAAUAAAAACAAAAAAGCCUAAAAGUAAUAAAACCUUCUAUAAUAAUAUUAUAAUUACAUUUAUAUUGAUUAAAGGAAUACUUCAGUAUUAACGCUCCUAAAAUAUAUCAUGGAAUUUUUCCAAACGCCUAAUUAUUUUUUUAUGUAGUCAAAUAUAUAUAUAUACAUAUGUACACAACGAAAAAAAAUAUAUACAUCUAUAAUAAAAAAAAGUUAAUGAGUAAUUAUGAUUUAACUUAGAAAAACAGAUGUUGCCAUCGGAAUUAUGUGCCUUAUUUGAUAUAAUAAAACUGUGAUUUAUAUAUUU